AUGGCGGACAGGUCGUCAGACAAGAAAACAGAUAGAAAAAGAGGAAAAGGCGAAAGAAAGGAGGAAAGAAAGAAGAGGAAACGUAGUGAAAAUCAAGAAAUAGAACUGGCUAAACAUUAUGAAACAUUGUAAGGGUAAAAAUUCUCUCAAACUAUUUUUAGCGUCGGGAAGGAAUAUUUUGACCAUGAGAUUGUUAGACCAGCAAAUUUUGAAUUUGUGGCAUCUGCGAAGGUUGAAAUACAUUCAGUUCCAAUGGAAUUUAUAUUUGCGUGUUAUCAUGACUGUGCUUGCCUUUUUAGCUAUGAACAGCCACCCCCAGGGAUCAUAAAGGUAAGAGACUGGUAUCUAACAUUUUGUUUGUAAAUUGUCUUGCGCUGGAAGUUAAGUUGCUCCGUAAUUAAACACUCAUUUUGGAGAGAUUUGAAAGUAAAAUUUCUGCACCUAUUAUGUUUAUUCCAGAGUUUCCCUUUUGCGAAAUUUUAGAAAUGGCCUAUACAGUUUUUGAGAAUGUUCUACGUGGGCUUCCAUAUUGCAGAAGAGUAACUUGGCAGAAAAGCACAGACCUGCCAGCAACCAUGUUGCAACAUUACCGCACCAACCGAUUUUUACGACCAUGACAAUGAAUAGCUCACUUGACUAAGUAUCUAUAGUAUGUGUUGCCAGUAAUACCCUAACAAAAGUUAACCUUUGCUGUCUCUGUAUGGUAAGUUGGGAAUGCAAAUUCAGGAAGAUUUUGAUGGCUCCUUUUCAACUAGGAGAAAGAAGAGCUUCCAGAAGAAUGUAUACCUGAUUUACCUGAAAACCAGAGUGCAAGAGAUUUUCUUUCCCAUGCCCCCACUAAAGGCCUGUGGAUGCCACUUGGAAAGGAGGUCAAAGUUAUGAAGUGUGAGUUAUAUUGGAAACUGGAUCUUCUUGAGUGUGCAUUACAUUACAAGGGUUUUCUUCUCAUGAAGUGUGUUAUAGAGUAUCAUGCAUAGCAGGUCUUUCUGUUUCCUUUGUGGGAGAAGUGUGAGGGAAGUGUAAGCCAUUCAUUUGCUUUCUUACCCUGCUCUCCUUUGUUGCUAAUGGCUGUGUGACCAAAACAGGUACAGCAUGUAGUGCGUAAAUCAGGCAAAAUUUGGAAGUCUUUUUUUCAUUUCAUUUGGCUUUUGUGGGAGAAGAAGUGGCUUAACAGUCAGUGAGCUGGGCUCAAGGUCUAGAGGUGCAGUAGGGUCAUUAUGUUGUAUUUUCCAGCAAGAAACUUGACUUUCACAGUGCCUCUCUCCACCCUAGAGAGUAAAUGGGUACCAACAAAUUGUCUAAGGAACCUGGCAAAUGCUGAGGGGAUGGGGUGGGUAACCUGCAGUGAACUAGCAUCCUAUCCACAGGAGUAGAAAUACAAAGUCUGAGUCACUUCAGAAACCUGGAUAAACUCCAGACUCACUUACUUGGGUUUAAAACUUUAAAUGAUCUCUUAUUUAGGUUGGCGAUGUAAAGCCUAUGGCCACAGGACAGGUGAUAGGGAGUGUCCCUUGUUUAUCAGUGGCAACAAAAACAGUGAAAAGUUUCGAAUGGUGAGAUCUUGUUGACUUAACUACAGACUAAAUAUUAUAAGAGGUACUUUUAGUGAAAGUAACAAACUAUAAACUACUUAAUAUUAAUUAAAUAAAAGUAUCUAUUAGGGUCCACUAUAAGUGGUGCAAUCUGAUUGGUUACACUAUAAACCCUUUAACUCCCAAGAUCUGAUUGUUAAUUCUCCCCUGUAGCUACCGGUACUACACAUGAUUCCUUGGAAAUUAGUUAUGAGAACUUGGUGCUAGAUCAAGAUAGCAGCUUCUAUCUGAUAAGUUUGAAUAUUCUCAUUACCUGUUUGCUGAAGAAUGUAUAUAUAUAUAUUGUAGAGAGAAGUUUUAUGCUAAUCACUUCUGGGGGUUAAAGGGCUAACUUUCUAUUCUUUGAUAGAUAGUGAAACUAGGGAAUAGCUUCACAAUAUACAGUUGUAAACAAAAAGAAAUGAAGGCACUUUUUUUAUUUUGUUAUUAAGUUUUGAAUUAAGUUUUGAAUGACUGUUAAAUAUCUGUUAAACAUGUACAUUUUGUGUACCCUAAUGUAAAAAAAAAUUUGAUAUACAAAUCAGGCACAUGAAGACCCAAUGCAUGAGUUCAUUCAAGAUAAAAAGAGAGCAGAAAAGGAAAGCAGGUGGGAUAUUGUUUUUGACCUUGUUUACACUCACUGGUGAAGUUUAUCCAUAUUACUACAGAAUGAGGCAGUUAAGAACUGUGGUCACUCUGCUUGAUGUGAUGCUAAAUGUACAUAUAUAUAACCCACAACCAUUUUGUCUGGUUUCCCUGAAAGUUUUCCUGGUGGAGAGAGGUGCUCUGCAUAUUGAAUUUUACAACAUUUCAUGACUUGCAGUGUCACUUUACAACAUCACAUCAGAAUAUGUCACUGUAUCAGGUGAUGCCACUUCAUCAGUCAAAUCAGUCAAGGAACAUAUCGCAGCUUCAGUUGGUAAUCUUAAUAUUUUCAGAAUACAACAGCUCAAGGCCUUACUUGAAGAGUCAACAACAAGCGAGGGUGAUUCAGAGAAAAGCAGCAAAGGUUCUGGUGAUGAAGACAGAAAAAAAAGACAUAAAAAAUCCAAGGUGAAACAUAAACGGAAAGAGAGCAAAAAACAUCAACGUAAACACCGGAAGUUAUCAAAACACAAUGACGGUGAUAGAAGGAAAGAUGAUUCAAGGGAGAAAAAGGACAAAAGAUGA